AUGUAUUGCUGGUAGGAGUCUUUUUUUCAGAUUCUAGUCAGGUCUCCAUGCCGUGUCCUCUUUUUCCUCGUUCUUAUUUAAACAACCCCAACCGCAGUCCCCUCCUUCUCUUUCGUCCGGAUGUCGGUUUUUUUGCCAGUCGCCCUGAUUUCUCCCAUUGAGAUUGGAUUCGUCCGAUCCGGCAGCUGCUUGUUGGCGUUCAUCUCGAGAGAGUUUAGUUUCUCUUGAGCUAGAAACCUUCCUCAGGUUUUAGAUUCACGUCAACACACACACCACCCCAACCCAUACACCAUGGCCUCGCGCCUAGCCUCCAGCCUGCAGGUCCUGGCCCUCGCCAGCACCGCCACGGCCAUCCUGACAUGGGACGAAGCGUACGCCAAGGCGAACGCGGCGCUGGCACGGAUCACGCAGCAGGACAAGGUCAGCAUCGUGUCCGGGAUCGGGUGGGACAAGGGACCGUGCGUCGGCAACACGGCGCCCGUGUCGGCCAUCAACUACCCGCAGCUGUGUCUCCAGGACGGACCGACGGGCGUGCGCUUCGGAACGGGCGUCACGGCCUUCACGCCCGGCAUCCAGGCGGCGUCGACCUGGGACGUGGAGCUGAUGAGGCAGCGCGGGCAGUUCCAGGCCGAGGAGCAGAAGGGCUGUGGUGUCCACGUCAUGUUGACACCGGUCGCGGGUGCGCUCGGAAAGAUCCCCGAGGCCGGGAGGAACUGGGAGGGCUUCGGUGUAGAUCCGUACCUGGCCGGCAUCGCCAUGGAGGUCACCAUCGAGGGUCAGCAGAGCGUGGGCGUACAGGCCACGGCCAAGCACUACCUGCUCAACGAGCAGGAGUUGAACAGGGAUACGAUGAGCUCGAAUGUUGACGACAGGACUCUGCACGAGCUGUACCUUUGGCCGUUUGCUGAUGCGGUCCGAGCCAAUGUCGCCGCGGUCAUGUGCUCGUACAACAAGAUCAACGGAAGCUGGGCCUGUGAGAAUGAGCAUGCUAUGCAAAAGCUGCUCAAGGACGAGCUUGGCUUCAAGGGCUACGUCAUGUCCGACUGGAACGCCCAACACACCACCACCGGCUCGGCCAACGCUGGCAUGGACAUGACGAUGCCCGGGUCCGACUUCAACGGCGGCAACAUCCUGUGGGGACCGCAGCUCAACACGGCCGUCAACAACAACCAGGUGGCCCGCACGCGCCUCGACGACAUGGUCCGCCGGGUCCUGGCCGCCUGGUACCUGACGGAGCAGGACAAGGGCUACCCGGCCAUCAACAUCAACGCCAACGUCCAGGGCAACCACAAGGAGAACGUGCGCGCCGUCGCGAGGGACGGCAUCGUGCUGCUCAAGAACGACGCCGGCACCCUGCCGCUCAAGGCUCCUCGUCGUAUCGCCAUCGUCGGCUCUGCGUCCGUGGCUAACCCGCGCGGUAUCAACUCUUGCGUCGAUCGUGGCUGUAACGAGGGCGCGUUGGGAAUGGGAUGGGGUUCCGGCACAACCAACUACCCAUACUUCUCCGCCCCAGCCGACGCCAUCCGGACCCGGGCCCAGCAAGACGGCGCCACCGUCACCCUCAGCGCCAGCGAUAGCACGGCAAACGUGGCAAACACAGUGCGUGACGCCGACGCCGCAAUUGUUUUCCUGACUAGCAACUCGGGAGAGGGUUAUUUGGUCGUGGACGGAUCGCUGGGAGACAGACUCAAUCUCGACCCUCUGCACAAUGGCAAUCAGCUCGUCCAGGCCGUGGCGCAGGCGAACAAGAACGUCAUAGUUGUGGUUCACAGUGUCGGACCUGUUAUCCUCGAGUCCAUCCUCAACACCCCGGGCGUGACUGCUGUAGUCUGGGCUGGUCUGCCAGGUCAAGAGAGCGGUAACGCGCUCGUGGAUGUGCUCUACGGCUCCGUCAGUCCGAGUGGAAAGCUGCCCUACACCAUCGCCCGCGCCACGAGCGACUACGGCACCGCCAUAGUCAGGGGAGACGACAACUUCCCCGAGGGCUUGUUUGUCGACUACAGGCACUUUGACAGGGCCAAAAUCCAGCCCAGGUUUGAGUUUGGCUACGGACUGUCAUACACAAACUUCACCUAUAGCAACAUCAAAGUCACGAGCACCGUCCGCUCGGGCCCAGCCACCGGGCCCGUCGUGUCGGGUGGCCGCGCGGACCUCUGGGAGACGGUGGCGACCGUGACGGCGACCGUCACCAACUCUGGCGGCGUGGCGGGCGCCGAAGUCGCACAGCUGUACGUGUCGUACCCGACCGGAGGCGGCGUGCCCGAGACGCCGCCGAGGCAGCUGCGCGGCUUCGAGAAGCUCAAGCUCGCGCCGGGGGCGAGCGGCACCGCGACAUUCAACAUCCGCCGCAGGGACCUGAGCUACUGGCACGUCGGGCAGCAGAACUGGGUCGUGCCGGCCGGCGCGUUUGGUGUCGAUGUCGGCGCCAGCAGUAGGGAUUUGAGGCUCAAGGGGAGCAUUAACGUAUCUUGAUUUUCGGUUAGGUUUGAUGGUGUUGGGUUGUGUGUACAUAUGGUAGAGCUGACAAGGGCCAACUGACAGGGAUCGGAUUCCUUGAUCGUGGCUUGUCUCCUUUUCAGGGGGCUUGGGCUUGGUUUAUGUAUGUGAAAUAGUCAUAUCGGCCAUAAAAGCAGAUGAAUGAUGAAAGGAUGAAAAGAAGAAGAAAAAUAUGUUCAUAACUUCUAUGAUACGAAGUCAGGUAUACACGAGUAUACUCAACGAUAAAGGCCCGU